AUGUCGAAAGGCAAGGGUCUCUCUCAGGUGGUCGAUCCCCCUUCCGGCACGAGUUGUAGAAUAUGCCAAUCUCCGGACAACAGCCGUAUGGUGUGCUGUGAUGAAUGCAGUCAAUGGCACCAUUUCAAGUGCGUGGGCGUCGACGAGAAAAUAGCGUAUGUUGACUGGAGCUGUACGAAAUGCAUUGAAGCAAAGGCAGCUCAGGGCGCAUUCGGAUUCUCUACGCCUCUAGCACCAGGAGCAACGGAUCAGCAGGAGUCACUAGUCAGCCAGGCACGUCUAGCGUCUAGGAUCAAUGACUUACGGGGGAAGCUAAAUCAGCUACAGCGAAGAUUCGAUGAGCAGCAAAACUCCUACGAGCAGCGUAUACGAGAGAAGGAAUUGGAAGUAGAAAGGUCUUUAUUGAGACAGCAACAUGAGUUCGACCAACGUUUACAAGCCCUGGAAACGCGUCGAAUCACACCAAAUGCCAACUCUACAGUAAUCCCACAUGUGAACAAUGUGCCGGCGCCAACCAUCCCGAAUAUUACGGAGCAAAUUGAGCAACAGCUAACAGUAUUGGCGGAGAAGCAGGCGCUUGAGAGGAAGCAUCUCGAGGAACGUCUACAACUGCACUUCGGUGUGAGAAAUUCUGUACCAGGUCCCGGAAGUCAGACAGCGUCGCAGAACGGAAAUGUGCCUGAAUAUAUUCCAUCGACCUAUAACGCAGCAUUUCCUUCGUUCGACGAACCGUUUGAGCUGAGCCGAAGUCAGCUUGCUGCCCGCCAAGCGAUUGCUAAAGAUUUACCGUUUUUCACAGGGGACCCGGAAGAAUGGCCCCUGUUUAUUGCAAGCUACGAGAACUCUACAAGAAUGUGUGGUUUUAGCGAGGAAGAGAAUUUGCUUCGAUUGCAACGCAGCCUAAAGGGGAAGGCAUUGGAGGCUGUUCGUAGCCGGCUUCUAUAUCCAUCUGGAUUGGGAGGUGUCAUAAAUACAUUGCGUACGUUAUUUGGCCGUCCGGAAAUUAUAGUGCACUCCUUGAUAUGUCGCAUCCGGGAUAUGCCCCCUCCAAAAGCCGAAAAACUCAACACGCUUAUUGACUUCGGUGUUGCUGUUCAGAACAUGUGCGCUACAAUAAAGGCUUGUGGGUUACAAGAGCAUCUGUGUAACGUAGCCCUCCUGCAAGAGUUGGUUGAAAGGUUACCGCCCACUGUUAAGCUCACUUGGGCGAUGCAUCGGCAGCAGAUGAGUGCUGCGACACUCUCAGACUUCAGCGACUGGCUUGGAACGUUAGUAGAAGCAGCGUGCAUCGUAACCAUACCACCUACUGUCCCUACUUAUGGAAUGAAGACGGAAAAACGUAUUCGCAGAGAGGAUGUGCACGUGCAUGUCGAUGGCGAUAGCGUACCAACAUCAUCUAACACGAUGGUCUCUGAACCAGCCAUCAAGGAAUGCGUCGUGUGUCGUGGAGUAUGUAGCAGUCCUGCCACUUGCAAGAAAUUUCUGGCUCUUACGACGGACGAUCGAUGGAUGAUAUUGAAGAAACAAAAGCUUUGUCGAAAAUGUUUAAAAAAGCAUUUCGGAACGUGUGAGGUGAAAAAAUCGUGUGGCAGAAACGGGUGCUCCUAUAUGCACAACGAAUUACUGCAUGACGAUACCAGAUAUCAACCUAAGAUAGCGCAGACACAAUAUUCCGAGAGACAGGCAACUAUUACUCAGAAUACACAUAUUGGUAGCGUUGGAAGAGUCUUAUUCCGUUAUGUUCCUGUAAUUAUUCACGGUCGUGGCACGUCGGUGAGAACGUAUGCCUUCUUGGAUGACGGGUCCUCAGCAACGUUGAUGGAGCAUAGCCUCUUGAAAGAGCUACGUAUGGAGGGUGAACCACAAUCUUUAUGUCUCAACUGGACAUCGAACCAGCAUCGCGAGGAGAAGGAUUCAGUGAAACUUUCGUUGGAAAUCUCAGGAAUCAAUAGCGAGAGCAAAACAUAUCUACUACCUAAAGUACAUACUGUUGGUCAUCUCGCAUUACCACGCCAAUCUGUGUCGUUUGAUGACAUGGCUCGUAGGUAUAGUCAUUUGCAAGGGCUGAAGAUUGAGUCAUAUAGCAACGUUUCCCCCAGGAUCCUGAUAGGGAUUGAUAAUUGCCGCUUGGGCCAUGCCAUUGAUAGUCACGAAGGAGAUUUUGUCGGCACCGGAAAUGCGGCACACCAUAGCUUCCACAUAUGUCCAUGUAGUAAAGAAGUGGACGCGAAUCUACAAAUGUCCCUCAAGGAAUACUUUUCGCUUGACAGUAUGGGUGUGGCAGAUGCGACUAAGCUAAUGCUAUCCAAGGAUGGAGAAAGAGCUAACAAAUUGCUGACAUCACUCACUCAGGUAAAAGGCGCCAGAUACGAGACAGGGCUUUUAUGGAAAUACGACAACGUGAAACUACCGGAGAGCAGAACGAUGGCGCUCAAGCGACUGGUUUGUCUAGAGAAACGAAUGCAGAAAGACCCAAAUCUACUUGAAUCAUUGAAGAGGCACAUCCACGAAUAUGAGCAAAAGGGCUAUAUCAGGCGGCUUACUCCUGUGGAAGCUGCAGCAAAGCCUCAACGAUGCUGGUACCUACCGAUAUUUCCUGUUCAGAAUCCAAACAAGCCACACAAACUCCGGAUAGUUUGGGACGCGGCUGCCUCCGUCGCUGGAAUAUCACUGAACUCUCUUCUUUUGACCGGUCCAGACCAGUUAGCCUCCUUACUGUCAGUCCUGCAUAAGUUCCGAGAAUUCCGUGUUGCCAUAACAGGGGACAUCAGAGAAAUGUUCCAUCAAGUGAUGGUCAACGAAACAGACCAACAAUGUCAAAGGUUUCUUUGGCGCGACGGUGAUUCAAGCCGCGAUCCCGACGUAUUUAUCAUGAAAGUAAUGACCUUUGGCGCUACUUGUUCGCCCAGUUGUGCUCAGUUUGUGAAAAACCACAACGCACAACAGUUUGAAAAUCAGUUCCCCAGAGCGGUCGAAGCCAUUGUUGACGAGCACUACGUGGACGACAUGCUGUCCAGUGUGGAAUCAGAGGAGGAAGCAAUCAAACUAGCUAAGGACGUACGCUUCAUCCACGCUCUGGCUGGGUUUGAGAUUCGACACUGGCUGUCGAACUCACAGCAUGUAAUCGAAGCACUGAAUGCCGGACUAGACACGGAGAAGAGUUUGAAUAUCGGCAACGAACUAGCGACGGAGAAAAUCUUAGGCAUGUGGUGGUGCACAACUACGGAUUCGUUUACGUUCAAGGUAUCUCCGAGGAUUGACAGAGCACUACUCUCGGGAAAGGCAAUUCCAACGAAAAGGCAGGUACUAAGAACGCUUAUGAUGGUUUAUGAUCCGCUAGGGUUGAUCGGAAAUUUUCUGAUGUAUCUAAAAACCCUACUCCAGGAAAUAUGGCGUUCAGGUAUAGCCUGGGACGAACCCAUAAGAGAGGAGCAAUGGAAGAAGUGGCAGACGUGGCUUGACGUGUUACCGCUGGUCGAGCGUGUCAAUGUUCCAAGAUGCUAUCGAACGAUUACAUCAGCCAGCGACACGACGGUAAUUCAACUCCAUGUAUUCGUCGAUGCAUCGGAAAACGGUUUCGCUGCUGUUGCAUAUUUCAGAUUCAAAGAAGGUGAUCGCGUUGAAUGUGCCCUGAUCGGAUCGAAAACUCGUGUGGCCCCAUUACGUUUCGUCUCAAUACCGAAGCUCGAAUUGCAGGCUGCAGUGCUAGGUGCUCGUCUGGCUAACAGUAUCGUUGAGUCGCAUAAGCUAAAACCGUCCCAGAGAUUUUUCUGGACAGACUCACGGGAUGUGAUUUGCUGGCUCAAUUCUGACCAUCGUCGGUAUAGUCAGUUCGUGGCGUUCAGGGUCAGUGAAUUGCUGGACUCAACGGAUGUCUCGGAAUGGAACUGGAUAUCGACUAAUCAAAAUGUCGCCGACGAGGCCACGAAAUGGCGGAAGGCGCCAAGCCUUGAGCCGUCCAGCCGUUGGUUUCAUGCUCCAGAUUUUCUGUGGAAAUUGACACAAGAGUUUCCAUUGUCGAACCAAAACUUCGGCACGACAUCGGAAGAACUUCGUGCGCACUCGCUUCAUCAUCUCACUCGAGAACCGUCGAUUAAGUUUGAAGACUUUUCGAGCUGGAUUCGUUUGGUACGGCGCAUAGCAUUCGUCUGUCGCUUUCCGCGAAACAUCCGUUCCAGGUUACUAAAACAAGCACCGGUGUGUGGUCCGUUGACUAAGGAUGAAUUUAUAGCUGCUGAGAUUGUGAUCUAUAAACUCGUCCAAUCUACGAGUUUCGCCGAGGAACUACAGAUAUUAGGAGGAGCUAAAACGCAAAGCGGAAAAAAACGACGUACACUACCAAAAUGUAGCUCACUGUAUAAACUCAAUCCAGUUCUCGAUACGAAUGGUAUUCUUCGGAUGCUCGGUCGCAUAGACGCGUGCGAAUAUGUAGACGAAACAACAAAGCACCCAAUCUUGCUCCCAAAAAAGCAUCACGUUACCGAUCUUAUAAUUGCAAGUAUCCACGAACGCUAUCUGCACCAAAAUCACCAAACUACUCUGAACGAGGUUCGCACUAAAUAUUACGUGCCAAGUCUUCGAUCCGUAUAUCGCCGAGUCCGUCGUAGCUGCCAGCACUGUAAAAUAAAAGAUGCUCUGCCUCAGCCUCCAAUAAUGGGCAACCUUCCGCCCAUGCGUCUUAAGGCCUUCUCUCGGCCUUUCUCGUAUAUCGGAAUAGAUUAUUUCGGGCCUAUGCAAGUCGUCCUUGGCCGUAGGGUCGAAAAACGUUGGGGGGUUCUGAUAACCUGCAUGACCACGCGAGCCAUACAUUUGGAGUUAGCUCACUCGCUUACGACAGAUUCAUGCAUUCUUGCACUGCGAAAUUUCAUCGCCAGGAGAGGUAUGCCAAUUGAAAUUAUAAGCGACCGGGGAACAAAUUUCAUUGGAGCGAGUCGGGUUCUGAAAGAUGCCUUGAAAAAUAUCGACCAAGAGAAACUGAUGAAGCAUUUCGUUAGCGUAGAUACGAAGUGGUCGUUUAAUCCACCUGCAUCGCCGCAUUUCGGAGGCUGCUGGGAGAGACUAAUUCAGUCAGUUAAAAAGGCUCUAGAUGAAAUUAAGCAGAAGCGCCUGCCAACCGACGAACUGCUUCGAAAUAUGCUCGCUGAAAUUGAAAUGAUAAUUAACUCUAGACCGCUUACUGAGUUGCCGCUGGAAGAGGAAAUAUCAGACCCGCUGACACCUAACCACUUACUAUUAGGCUCAUCUAACGGCUCAAAGCCACCGAUCGCGUUUGACGAUAGCGGUGCCGCACUAAACCGAACGUGGAAGAUGUCACAAGUCUAUGCCAAUGAAUUUUGGAAACGUUGGGUUGCAGAAUACCUUCCGACGCUUACUCGAAGAACCAAAUGGUUUCAACCAGUAAAACCAAUAGCUGUGGGGGACAUCGUAGUGAUCGUUGAUAACGAUUUCCCCAGGAACUGCUGGCCGAAAGGGCGCGUCAUUGAUGUCAGCAUGUCCAAGGAUGGACAAGUUCGUCGAGCUACCGUGCAGACUUCGACUGGGGUAUUCGAGAGACCUGCGGUCAAACUCGCUGUACUAGAUGUCGGUUCAAUCAAUAGCACGUCGGAUUAA